UUUUUGCUGCCUCAACAUCACUUUCAUCAUUACUUCCAUCAUCAUCUUGAUCAUCUUGCUUUCCCUCUCUUCCCUGACUUUGGAGACACUUUGAAUUGCAUGAACAUUCAAUGUAUUGGUAUUUUGGUUGUUAUUUUACUUGAUAAAUGCGCACUCGCACCCAAUGUUGUUGUUCAAAUCCUACCAAGUCUGAGGAUAACAAGUUGACUGGUAAACGCCAAAGAAACAUGAAAAAUUAUUACAUCAACGUUGAAUUAGUUAUAAUUAUUUAAAUGUGCAGUUCAAUUGUUUAGGAUAAUGGUCAUGUUUAAUCAUGGUUAAUGUUUAAUUAACUUAAACAGUCUAUCAAAGUAAAACCUUUUCAUUUUUACCAAUGACAAGAAAAAAUCAAUUGAAUAUGAUUAUCACGAGGUUUGUCAUCCUUUUUUCAACCUAAACAAGUCUCACCGUUGGCUUCAUCACUUUAUCCAUGUUUGCCUUUCCUUCUUGGAUUAAUUCAAUUCACUUUAUCCAAAUCAAUCCCUUUCUAUUCAAUUGUGAUCAACAAAUUAAAUGGUUAAACCUGUCAACUUUCACAUUGUUUGGUGACCAGUGAAUCAAUGUUAACCCAUUUUGGUGUCUUUUUAUAUUGGAUAAUAUUUCAUUAGAUUGUUGGUGUUUCUUCAACCCUCUUGUACAGCUGUGUGUUUGUGUACUCAUCUUGGAAUCUUUCAAAAUCAUGGUUUCCAUUGUGUAUUAUCAUUGGCAGGAAAAGAAGAAGAAAAAGAGUUAAAUAGAAGUUUAAAUAAUAGUAGAAAAUGUUGUUUCACAUUUAGGUUUGAACCAAGAAAACCAGGAAAAAUAACAAAUCUUUUUCAAUGUAUUUAACAUUGCUAAAUAUUUCCAUGAUCCAAUGUUAUUCUUGGUUAUUUUGUGUUUACAUUAUCAUCUCUAGUUUACUGGUUCAUCCCAUAUCAACUCUUGGUGCUGACUGUAAGUGUAUUACCUUUCAGGACACUUAUGGUAAAGAGUAUGGCGUUUUUACCUCGCCCAACUGGCCAAUUCCUUACGAGGAAAACAUAAACUGCCUUUUGUACAAUUUUGUAGCUCGUCCAGAUCAAAUAAUUGAAGUAACAUUUGAUGAGUUUGAUGUUCAAAAGACACAUUUAGCAUGUGUUUAUGGUGAUUUUGUUAAACUUUACCUUCACCUUAACGAAUACGCUAUCAACGAGAAAACUCCUUGGAAUCAAGUUAUAUGCGGUAAAAUAGCUGACAUUGAACAAACCCAUUAUUCAUCUGAUUCUUGCCUUAUGUUUGAAUUUCAUUCCGAUUGGAGAAAUGGUAAUAACACUGGAUUCAGAGGAACUUAUCGUUUUCUCGAUAAAAAAUUGUUCCUGACUGAUGGACGUUUAGAGGAAAACUCAAAUUGUAAUUAUAUUUUUGAAAGUUUACAAACAAUCAAUUCGAGCGAACCAAAUGGAACUCUGAAUGUUAGCUCAACCUAUGAAAGGAUAACUCGAGGUCGCUUCUAUUCGCCUCAAUAUCCAUCGACAUACCCGAAAGGAGUUCGUUGUUCGUAUACAUUUGUUGGUCAACCAAGUGAAAGAGUUAAACUUGUCUUUGAACACAUUCGUCUUCAAAGAAGUGAUUCAAGUUGUCUGAAUAGUCCAGAUGUGAUUUAUGUCCAUGAUGGGGGCAAUCAGUCGGGACCAGUUAUCGGUCAACUUUGUAACACCAAUACAUUUGUUGAAUUAGUAUCAACGGGACCUGAUUUGUACAUUCAAUUUCUUAGUAAAAGCCAUUUUCCUGGUCAAGGUUUUAAGGGUCGAUUUUUCUUUGAAACUUUACCAUCACUUCAUAAUCCACUUGAAAUACCCUCCACAGAACCUGAGAAAUCCAAAGAAUCACUUAAAGGAUCGGAAUCAGGAUCUAUUUUAACUCAAAGUCCAGAGUGCGAUCAAAUUUACAACAGUGAUAUUUUCAAGAAUGGAACCUUUUCAUCUCCUAAUUACCCAAAUCCAUAUCCAGCCAAUAUUCAUUGUAAAUACCAUUUCAUGGGCAGAGGAAAAGAAAGGGUCCAGAUAAUGUUUUCUGAUUUUCACGUAUACAAGCCUGAUGAUUCUCCCAAAGACUGUGAUGGUGCUGAUGUUGUUAUGGUUUUCAUAACAAUCAAUGGACAAAAAGAACGAUUAGAUAAUCUUUGUGGAGAUACAUUACCACUGCAACUAAUGUCCAAUGGUCCAUCAAUGACAGUAGAAUUCAAAAGCUUAGAUAACUCGGAACAAUUUCGAGGAUUCAAAGCUGAUUAUCGAUUUGUUACAAAUUUUGGUAUAACUGCUGGAGUACAAGAUUCACAAUCAGUUUGUGGAUUUAUUUUCCGAAGCUCUGAUCGUUCCAAUGGCUCAUUUACUUCGCCAAAUUAUCCUGGACAAUAUCCAAGGGACACUGAGUGUCACUAUUUUUUCUUUGGUAAUGUGUCUGAAAGAGCUCAUAUCACUUUCGCUUACUUUGAUAUUGAAGGUGUAACACCGUGUACAACGGAAACAGCGAGUGAUUAUGUUGAAUUUUCAAAUUACAGAACAGUCGAUAGGAAAAUACCAAGACAUUGUGGUGUUAAAAAGCCAAAAACCAUUGAAUCAGAUGGAGACUUUUUCCGUAUAACAUUCAAAUCAAAUGAUAGAUUUGAUGGGACUGGCUUUGAAGCUUUUUACCAAUUUAGAGGACCCGAAGAUGCCUUCAAUGUUAAACAAAUUCGUGGACUAUCAGUUGCAGUUAGUUUUCAUAUGCAAUCCAUGGAAGUUUUAGUUUAUUCCAUGAUAAUGAUAUUUCAACUUGUGAUCAUCUUGUGAACAAGACAUUUCUUACAUGUAAACCUCAUGAUGGGGUAACGAGCCAAUUAUUAGAUUAAUAAUUGUGUUUCAGCGGUCACCAUUGGAUUCUAGUCUCAGAGCUGUUCACGCAAAGAAUUGGACUUUUGACUAAGGCUAGAGAUUCUUUAGGGAUAAAGUUUUUGUCACAAUCAAUCGGAUGACAACGAACACAGUUUGAUUGGAGAGAUACUGGACAAACUGUUGAUUUGGUGAAUGUGCUAAUAAACAUCCAAUUUCAAAUGAAAGUCGAAUGAAAAUGUGAAUCUUCAAUAAAAAAUGUAUAUGAAUCAAUUGAAUCACAACUCGGAUCAAAGUUUCUGAUUAAUAGAGCUCAAUUCUAGAAAAAUUAAGGUUGUUGGAUGUUUUCCCCCUGAUUUACUUUAUUUCCUUCUUUGUACCAAUAAGUUAAAAAGGAAAAAAAAUAAGUCUACAAAUUGUACUAGCGAUGUUUAUAUACACGGGAAAAAAUAAAUAUGCGAAAAGAAUAUUUAUUGCCUUUUUGAAUAAAAUUGAAUAAAAUUCAGUUGUCUCAAUCAAACUAA